AUGCAUGAAAGUCUCAACCUCUUCAGCAGCAUCUGUAACCACAAAUACUUUGCCAGUACUUCUAUUGUGCUGUUUCUCAACAAGAAAGACCUUUUCCAAGAAAAAAUCACUAAAACCAACCUCUGUGUCUGCUUUCCAGAAUACGAUGGACCCAACACUUUUGAAGACGCUGGAAAUUAUAUUAAGAAACAAUUUUUAGACCUGAACACCAGAAAAGAAGACAAGGAGAUCUACGCCCACUUGACUUGUGCCACAGACACUCAGAACAUGAAAUUUGUGUUUGACGCUGUAACAGAUAUAAUCAUCAAAGAGAACCUCAAAGAUUGUGGACUCUUUUAA